GCUCAGGAUUGGUAUAUUAAGUUUAAAAGAACAGCGCACACAUCUUCCCCCUUGCAUUGGAUAUUUUUCCUCUUUUUAAUUGCUGUCUCACUUCCUUCUUUCCACCCCUUAUCAAUGCUUGCUUGCUCUCUCUUCUAUUCGAAUUUCACCGUUGUUCAGUCAGCAUACCGGGCAUGCAGUGAUCCCUAACACCCAUACCGCAGCUCAUCCUCCUAUAUAGAGCAAAUCCCACAUGAAAAGAAGCUGUCCAUCUACUGCACCUGCUCUCCUUCACCUAUUCACACCACAGCCAGCAUCGCAAUUCUGCAUCAUCUACACAACUCCCAAUCACAAUGGACGCCGUCACCCCAGCCACUACCACCACCUCCACCACCAUGCUCUCCGUGCCAUCAACCACCACCGGCGAUGCCUCACAUCCAACCCGUCCCACCUUCAACUCCCAGAGAACCCAAGAUCGCCUCCGUGAAGGCGAGGGUUUAUACUCUAUGAUCUUCCGGACCGACAGCAACCUCCAGCGAGGCCGAAAAUCCAUUUUCAAAGAGACGGGCUUGGACGACGACAGCGCCAGCGAGGUCACUGACAUCUCAAUCCGAUCGCCGUCUAUCACAUCUCCUUCGUCGCAGGAGCUGUCGCCGUUUCCAUCUCACGAAGCCCAUCCUCAACCUCAGCUCUAACAUCAUGACAAUCCCACUUCCUUGAUAAUUUCGUCGUGCCAUCAUCCACCAGUUGCUUUCGAGCUUGGAUUGUUUUUGGCUGUAAUGCCAGGCGUUAACGAGAUGUCUUUCGCUGA